AGUUAUGAAGAGAGCCAACUUAGAGAAGAAACCAUGACCACACAGUUCCUGUGGUGACAGCUCUGCCACUCCCCUGCCUGCUGGGACUAAUAAGUCCAAAGAGCCAAAGAUAAAGCCUGCACCAGGCGCGAGCAGCCCUCUGACAGGAUGCAUCUCCUUGCUCUCCAUCUGCUCCUCUUUCUCCUGGGUUCCAGGGCCAAAGCUGGGGAGAUCAUCGGAGGCACAGAAUGCAAGCCGCACUCCCGCCCGUACAUGGCCUAUCUGGAAAUUGUCACUUCCAAGAAUUACCUGUCGACCUGCAGUGGAUUCCUGAUAAGACGGAACUUUGUCCUGACUGCCGCACACUGCUCGGGGAGGUCUAUAACCGUGCUCCUAGGAGCCCAUAACAAAACAGCUAAAGAAGACACGUGGCAGAAGAUUGAGGUUGAAAAACAAUUCCCUCAUCCAAAAUAUGACGACUAUUCAGUUGUCCAUGACAUCAUGUUACUGAAGUUGAAGGAGAAGGCCAAGCUAACCCUAGCAGUGGGAACCCUCCCGCUCCCAGCCAAGUUCAGCUUCAUCCCACCCGGGAGAGUGUGCCGGGCGGUUGGCUGGGGCAAAACCAACGUGAAUGAACCAACCUCCGACACACUGCAGGAGGUGAAGAUGAGACUCCUGGAGGCUGAAGGCUGCAAACACUUCACCAAUUUUUACCACAACUCCCAGCUGUGUGUGGGCAAUCCUAAGAAGAUGCAAAACGUAUACAAGGGAGACUCUGGAGGACCCCUCCUGUGUGCUGGGAUAGCCCAGGGCAUCGCCUCCUACGUCCGUCGGAAUGCAAGGCCCCCUGCUGUCUUCACCAGAAUCUCCCAUUACCGGCCCUGGAUCAACAAGAUCCUGCGGGAGAAUUAACUCUGGAGCUUGGGCCAGCCUGUGAGGAAAUCUGGAAGUAAGAAGGUUUUCUGUGCUGUGUGCUCUGGCCUGUCUCUGGUUCCUGGCUCCCUGAGUUUCCAGAACAUUCUCACAGGUCACAGAAGGUUCCCAAAGGUCACCAUCUCAAUAAACUUCAAUAAAGACCCAGACUGUAGACUGCAA